CUCUGUCUCUUAACUCGUCUCUUCUUCUUGACUCUCCUCUUCCUUCUUAUUUCUUAGCUAUUAUAUAGUUUUUCUCUUUUCAACACCUCGCUACUCUCAAUCAAUUCAUCCUCUUAACUCCCCCUCUUCUUCUUGACUCUCCUUCUCUCUUCAAUUCUUCCUUGUCAUUUCUUAGUCCUUUUUUCGAUACUUCGCCGUUCCCAAUCAAAAUCUCACUUUCGACAAUUACUAGUCAAUUUUGUAAAGCUUUUUAUUUUGAUCUUUCCACUAACUAUCAUAGAUAUCCUCUACAUCUCAAGACCUGAUUCGAACAAUCGUUACACACGUCAAAUUUCGACACAUGUCAGAUCAACUGGAUAAGUUGUUUCCCGACGGUAUACCAACGUCUGGAUAUUCGAAAUAUGAAUUACCAAGCACGCGUAGGACUAAGAACGAAUUCGAUUCUGAAAAUACGAAGCCAAAAUCUCAUGAUGAGAAUGAUAUCCCGCCUCUUAUACCAUUCGCACACCUAUCUUCUGGUGCGUUGUUCGGAUACGAUGGUCCCCCAAAACAUGGGCUUUUUGCACCUCAACACUUAACAUGUUCUUUACAUGGUUGGAAAGAUGUAGAUGGAGUCAGCAUUCCAUUUUUCUCUGUCCUUAUUCGCCACGCCCGCUCUUGGCUUUUAAUUUCCCGUGGAAGAGCUAUGCCAUCAAUUGUUAAUCUACAAAAGGAGCACCCCGAGUUUUCUGAUCGAUAUGCCAUUACUAUUACUGGACCUACAUCAAAUCGUUGGGGGAAACGUGAAUUCACGGUCCUUCAUUUCAAUACCAAACCGCACAUAAGUUCGUAAUUAAUCCAAACAUUAAUGAGACAUUGCUAACUCAGGUAGACGUUAGAAGUGAGCGGAGUUUAUUGGAUCUUCAUGCUCUUAUGAGUUUUGGUCAGGAUUAUAAAGUAUACAUCGAAAGCAAGCGGUUUUACAAAGACGAACAUAUUGAUGUCUGGUUUACUAAGUGGUUGAAAAAUCAUCCUGAUCUAGUAUCUCAUCAAUCAAAAAAGAGAAAGCAAUCGAACUUCUCACCUUGUACAAUUUCUCCUUAUACAAAGCGUAGAGAAACUUCCUUCCCUACACUGGAUAAGGCUCUAGAUUCCAGAUCGGAUGAGUCUGCAAAGCUUACUAGUCCUGGGGUACUAACUCGGUUUUUAUUUCUUCUAACUCCGCUGACCAUUCUCUAGGUUCGUCGACUUAUGUAUAAACUAUACAAUGAUAAAUAUACAAAGAAGAGGCUGGUGGAAGUGGUAAUGAGAGACGCUGGGUUUCAUCUGGCGGGUAGUGAGCCUGUAGUAUUGAGCUUGAAGGUAAAUUAUAAUUUUAGCUCCUAAUUAGUAUUAUAAGGAUUUUUUUGGUGGUCACUACUGGUGGUGAUCAUUUUUGAUAGGGGGGUGGUGAUCACACAAAAAAGUAAAUAUAAUCACCACCCCGAAAUCGAUCAAUUUAAGAGAUAUUUUAAAAUUUAAAAAAGAAAAAGUUAAUAAAAUUAAUUAAUAAAUUGGAAUAUUUAAUUAAAAUUGAAUUAUUUGUAUUAUUUGUGUAACGGUACUGAUUUUGUUAAUAAAUUAUAAUAAGAAAUCAUAAAGGAGUUAAAACCAUUUUUCGAUAUAGAAUAAAUUUAUAAGGUAGUAGUGAUUAUAUAAAAUAUUGA